AUGGCCUUGUGGUGUAAUUUUAUACAUUUUACUUUGUGGCAUUCCUCCUUUUAAUGGUGUGAGGAUGAAGAGAUAUUAGAUUCUGUAAGAGAAGGUCAAUUAACAUUUGAUGGAGAAGAAUGGAAUUAAAUAUCAUAUGGAAAAGAAAUUCUAAGAAGCAGCAUUAACAUUUAUGGUUAAUUAAAUGGCUACUAGUUAAGAAAAAUAAUAAUUAAUUUAAUAAUUUUAAGCCUUAGAUUUAAAUGGAGAUGGUAAGAUGAAUUGAUUUUAGGUAUUAAUCAUUUAAAUUCUAUUCUAGGUUAUGCAAAAGUUAUGAGUUAUACUGAUGCUGAAUUAGAAGUUAUUAAAUUGAUGAAAUAAAUUGAUUAAGAUAAAAAUGGAAGUAUAGAUUAUUCAGGUUUUUAUAAAAUUAUUUAUCAAUUAGAAGUUGUUUUAGCUACUUUUAAUAAAGUUAAAUUAUUAGAAGACAAAAGAUUAGAAUAAGCCUUUAGAUUAUUUGAUAAAGAUGGAAGUGAUCAAUAUCUAUAGAUGAAAUCAAAGGAAUUUUAGGUUCAGAUGAAACAGCUGUUAGUGAUGAAGUAUGGAAAUAGUUGUUAGUAGAAGUUGAUGCCAAUGGAGAUGGAUCUGUAAUUAUAAUAUUACUACUUUUAUUAGAUAAGUUUUUAAGAAUUCAAAGAAAUUGUUAUUAAAGCUAUCAAUGUUAGUUAUUCAGAUUAAAAACCAAUAAAAAGAUUUUAUAUUAUAUAUUAAAUGGAUAACCUACUCACUGCUCUAAUAACACAUUUGA